AUGAACGUCGAAGGGAAAAACCUUCAACAGCAGUGGCAGCGGCGAGAACAUAUGGCUAAACGCUACAAGUUAUGGCUGCUAAUCGAUAUCAAUGGCCUUUUUGUUGUCCGUUUCUACCCAGAUUGUCUGAUUGAGUGUCUGGAGUCACAUCGCUGUACAAAAGUUUGUUUUACUGAAAUACAACCGCUACCGCCCGCGCGUUGGCUCCAACGUGACUUUGAGACUUUUGCUGAGUGA